AUGAGUUCCGAUUGUGAUGGUGGCGUCACCGUAAUCCCGGGUCUUCCAAACGACGUCGCGGCGUGGAUCCUCUCCAAGGUUCCCUACUCACACCACGCCAGACUGAAAACCACGUGCAAAUCAUGGAAACUGCUUUUAUCUUCGAAAUCGUUCUUAAACUCUUUGAAUAAGAGGAACCACCUUCUGUGCAUCUUCCCGCAGGACCCGUCGAUUGCGUCGCCGUUCCUCUUCGAUCCGAACGCGCUCGCCUGGUGCCCGCUACCUCCCAUGCCCUGCAAUCCUCACGUGUACGGCCUCUGCAACUUCGCCGCGGUGCCUCUCGGGCCCCACCUCUACGUCCUCGGGGGUUCUCUCUUCGACACGCGCUCCUUCCCAAUCGACCGUCCCUCACCCUCCUCCGCCACCUUCCGCUUCAACCUCCACGACUUCUCCUGGGAGCCACGCGCCCCCAUGCUCACGCCCCGAGGAAGCUUCGCCUGUGCGGUCGUCCAAGGGGCCAUUCUCGUCGCCGGCGGGGGAUCGCGGCAUACGAUGUUUGGGGCUGCUGGGACCAGGAUUCGGUCGGUUGAGCGGUACGAAGUGGGGAGGGACCAGUGGGUGGCGAUGGAUCCACUGCCUGGGUUUCGCGCCGGUUGUGUGGGGUUUGUCGGCGGGGAGGGGAGGGAGUUCUGGGUGGUUGGAGGGUACGGCGCGUCGCGAACCAUAUCCGGGGUUUUUCCGGUGGAUGAGUAUUACAGGGAUGCGGUGGUGAUGGGAGUCGAGGGUGGCGCGUGGCGGGAAGUUGGGGAUUUGUGGGGCGAUGGGGAGAGAGUGAGGGUUGGGAAGAUUGUGGUGGUGAAUGAUAAUGGACGUCCCACGCUUUUCAUGCUUGAUGGGAACGAGAUUUUUAGAUAUGACAUGUCUUCCAAUCGUUGGCUAUAUGAGUCUCGUGUGCCAAGAAAAGCUCCUUACAAUUCGUCAUUUGGUUUUGUAGUAUUAGACGGGGAGCUGUAUGUAGUGACACAUUUAUGUGUGGUUGAUUUUACUGAAACGCGAAGGUCCAGGCAGCAAAAGAGGGCAGGAACUAUGUUCAUCCAAAUCUAUGACCCAAAAAAUAAGACAUGGAGAUCUCUAGUUGCAAAAUCACCUUUCAAUUAUCCAAUAGAUAUUAAUAGUGCUGUAUUGAGCUCAAUUUGUCUAUGA